ACCGAGAACCAGCUGCAUGACCUUGCGGUGUUUGUAAACAUACACACGUUGUCUCUCCAGUGUCUGAAGGAACCAGAGCGAUAGGCUGCUGACAAAGUGAUAAAGUUUUAUCUUGCGACAAAUAACUAAUACUUUUGGACCUGCGAUUUGAAAAAUGGAAGUUGAACGUAUGUGCACCGUCGAAAACGAGUUGGACGGAUCCCGUGGCGAUCGGAAAGAGGGCGGAAAGCGGGGACGCAAGCCUGGCCGGAAGGCGUCCGACAAGGGAGAUAUGAAGGCGAAGCUCGCAGGUUCUCGAAGCUACUACAAGCGGGCCGCCAUCGGAGCUCCCGAUUUUAAUUCGAACGCAACGUUGCGUGUUGCAGAACGCAGCAGGCAAAGCGCGCGCGAAUGUCGCGCCAGGAAGAAGCUCAGGUACCAGUACCUCGAAGAAUUGGUCACCGACAGAGAGAAGGCUGUGCUUGCGCUCCGCAAGGAACUUGACACGUAUCAACAGUGGGGCUUGGAGUUGGAUGCAGGACGAAUCCCGGAAGGAUUGCAGGCGAUGCUUGAAGAGGUUGGAGCCCUUAAACAAGAGAAGAACAAUAACUGAUAGUAUGAUAAACCUGAUAAUGCAUCCCUGAUUGAAGUUCACCAAAAAAUGUUCUUCGUAUUCCGAUCGUUCGGCAGAUUUUUUGCCUCAGUUGAAGAAUCAAAGAUUAUAGACUCUCGGACACAGCGUCCUCUGGCAUUAAAGGAGAAAUUUCUGAGCCGUGAAAUCUUGAACACACCUUUAAUGUCUAGCCUUAGAAUAUGUCGCCUUUCAGAAUAUAAAUUUCAUUU